UGGCUGUCCGGGGUGCGUGAAGAAGGCCGUUGGCCGUUUGAACGGGAAGGGAGUUGGGCGGUGUUUGGAGUGCGCGCGGUGGAAGGGACGAGGCGCGAGUACAGCCAUGUCCUGCCCUAGGGCCUCCCUCCAGCGCUUCAACGCGGCCACUGGGGAAAUAGGAAGUCAACAGAAUUUGACUAGUGAAACAAAUGACUGCUUGCCUACAACUGCAAGAAGACUUAAAUCUCUGGGAUCAACAGAUACAACCCUCAUGAAAGAGAUGAAAAAACAGAAGAUCCUUGAGAGAGAGAUUCGUGCAUUAGUGAGAGAACGUGGAGAGCAGGAUAAACGACUCCAGGCUCUAGAGGAGGAUUUCAUGAAGUCUGAAGCAAAACUAACUGCAGCAGUCAGGGAGAAAACCUCUCUCUUGGCGAAUGUUGCUUCUCUGGAAAAACAGCUUCUCGAAUUAACAAGAACCAAUGAAUUUUUAAAAUCAAAGUUUUCUGAAGAUGGGGCACAGAAAAAAAUGAGCAGUUUAUGUAUGGAGAUAAUGAAACUCAGAAACAAAAUGGAGGCAAAGAAUAAGCAUGUCCUUGCUAAACAGGAAGACAUGGAAAUGAAACUGCAGGCAGUCCAGAAGAAUCUAGUGCAUUCCAAAGGAAAAGUGGCACAGUUGGAAGAAAAAUUAACUGCUACUGAGAGAAACAAGGUUGAAGAAAAGUCUGACACUGAGAAACUCUUGGAAUAUAUCACAGAACUCAGUGGAGUUGCAGAACAAGUGCAGAAGUACAAACUAGAUGUUCUCCAAAUGGAGAAGUUACUGGUGCAAAAGGACCAGGACAUUAUGGCCUUGAAUGAUUGCUUUACAAGGAAAGAGGAAAAACUAUCUAAAUUCAUCAGAGAGCUUAAUGAGAGAUGUCAGUUGUUUGAACAUGAAAAAGAGACGCUCUUAACUGAGAAUCGAGAGAGAGAGCAAAGUAUGAAUGCUGAAAUAGAAACCUUGAAAAAGAGGCUUCUCCUAGAGGAGCAAGAACACCAAAAACUUCAGCAGAAACAGAAAGAGAUGUGUUAUCAGUUACAACAGGAGAAGGUAUUAUGUUGGUGCUGUCUUCAGGAACUUUCCACUUCAGUGCAUCAAAAGCUGCUAGAGUUUCAAGAAGAGAUGACAAAUGAGAGGCAUGUUUUGGAGGAAGAACUAGAAGCAGCAUUGAAGGAGUUGGAUAAACUGCAUAUUAAGGAGGAAAAGGUUGAUGAAUUAAUAAAGCACUUGGAACAAGAGAACAAGUCUAGAGUUGAAGAGCUAGCAGAGAUGGAAGCCAAGCUGAAACGAAAGAAUACAGAAUUGAAGCGAACCAGUGAAACACACAGUAAAGCCAUUGCUCAGAUGCAAGAAGAGCACAGCAACACGCUACGUAAACUUGGAGAAAGUAUUGCUGAAUUUGAAAGUUACAAGGGAUCUAUGACUGAAGAAAUGGCAUGUCUCCAACUGGACAAUUCUUCUUUACAGGAGAAAGUAGCUGAGUUGAGGGAAGCUGGUCAGGACAUGCAACAGCAACUCUAUGACCUGGAACAUGCUAAAGACAAGGCAAAAGAAGAAUAUGCAAGAAUGCUUCUAGAUGCUCAGACAAAGCUAGCACUAAAAGAAGCAGAAAUAAGGAGAACCAAGGAAUCCUGUAUUUCACAGAUGACUGAACUACAGACACAACUGGAAGAGCAAACUGAAGACUUCACGAAACAGCUUGAAAUUGAAAGAUCAAGGAAAACCAUAGAGGAAAAGGUGGUUGCUAGCUUUAAAGAAGAGAUACAAACCUGGCGUAGUCUCUAUGAAGACUUGCACAACAAAACUAAGCCUUUUCAGCAACAACUAGAUGCAUUUGAGGCAGAGAAGAAUGCUCUCAUGAAUGAACAUGGUGCAGCCCAAGAAGAAUUGAACAAAUUAAGUGAUGCAUAUGCUAAGCUACUAGGCCAUCAGAAUCAGAGGCAGAAAAUUAAACAUGUUAUGAAGCUGAAAGAUGAGAAUGCCCAGCUCAAACAGGAGGUUUUAAAACUGCGUGCUCAAGUAGCUAAGGAAAGACAAGCACAGAGAGAUCUUCAGGAGCAACUGUAUGAAAUUAAGGGUAUCAGGCGCUUGGAUCCUUCUAAAGCUUUCCAACAUGAUAGCAAGGAAAAUGUUGCUCCCAAAACUCCUUUAAAAGAAGGCAACAGGAACAGGUGCUAACUUGCCCUUGGUUUCAAGAGGAUCCUGUUUAACUUGCUGGGAAAAUCUAAAUGUUUCAUAGUAGGGUCAAGGGACCACUUCUAUAUUUCAAAAUCAAAGAUGGAGGUUGCACAAUGAUGGGUCUAGUAAGGAUCCUUAAGGAAAAGGCUUUCUCAAAUAGAUCAAAUUACCACCUAGGGGUUUCGAAUGACUGUGCCCUGUAAAGGUUCUCUGUUCAAAGCCUGCUACACACUAGCACUCAAAUAUUUGGCAUGUCACUUCCUAGUGUGUCUCAAUUGUCAGUUGAAGAGAACAAAAUACCAGAUGUUUUAAAAAUCUGUGUGCCUCUAUGGCCAUAUAGAGCAAAAGGUAUUUAAUUUAAAUUCAAGAAAUAAAGGGGUUUUACAUAUGUCUCCUGCACAUGAUUUUUACAUGUUAAGCUAAACUUCUUCACUGAAUGCUUACUGAUGCAAGCAGCAUUUUGAGAGACUGGUUUGUUUCACAUGUGACUCCCUAAACCACAAACGUGAAAUCUAGAUUGCAAAGUUGAUACCUAGUCAAUUCCUGGUAGAUGCCAUGCCACGUAAAUCACAGUUGACAUUCUAAUUGACAUUCUUAGAGGUCCAUGACUGAAGCAUCUUGCACUGGAAGUCUCUGGUCAGGAUUAUCUGUGCCAAUCAGAACUUGUUUGAUUGCUUGUGCUCCUACAUUCUGAUAAGCAUCCAUCUCCAGGUAUGUCAGUCACCUUUAAUGAAUGUUAAAUUCACCUCUGUUAACACUUGACUUAAAAAAAAAAAAAAUCUGUCUGCAUAAAUUCAACACAUUAGGAAAAACAAGCUGGUCUUUUUAUUUAUAUGAAUGACACGGGCAGUAAGAAAAAAUAAUCUAAAUGUUUUGUUAAAAUACACUGGAUAACAUGUUAUAAGGGCUUAUGGUGAAUAAAAAUUGCUUUAAUCUGAA